GGGGGGGGGGGUGUGCUGGCCGCCGCUGGGCUCUUCCGUGCCUUCCGCGAGGGCUGUUCCAGAGGGAAAGAGGGACGGGUCCAAAGGCAAGGCCAGCUCCUCUCAAGGCAGAGGAGCGGAGGGGAAUCCAUCGCAGAGCCAGGCUAGCCGGCGGGGCGGUCCCUUCACCAGCCUCCCCCCCCUCUCCUCCUCCUCCUCCCUCUCCGGGCCGAGCGCUGGGGAGGUGCUCGCUGCCGCAGCCCCAGCCUCUCUGUCCGCGGCUCGUCCAGCCAGCGCUGUGAGCGGGGUAGUCGGACAGCGCGAGGUUUGCCGCCGCCGCCGCCGCCCCUCCUCGCCCCCUGGCAGUCUCUCUGGUGCUGGCGCUCGGCGGCAUGGCGGGGCUCAGGGCGGGCGCAAGCCUCCCGGGACUCCGCUGCGGGCUGCCGCUGCUGCUGCUCCUCUUGCCGCUGGCCUCCCCGCAGCCGCAGCUCCAGCGGGGGAGCGUGUGGUGCCCCAGCCGCUGCCUGUGCUUCCGCACCACGGUGCGCUGCAUGCACCUCAUGCUGGAGAGCGUCCCGGCCGUGGCCCCGCAGACCACCAUCCUAGAUCUUCGGUUCAAUCGAAUUAAAGAAAUCCAGCCUGGUGCAUUUAGAAGGCUUAAAAAUUUGAACACAUUACUCCUCAACAAUAAUCACAUUAAAAGAAUACCAACUGGAGCAUUUGAAGACCUUGAAAAUCUAAAAUAUCUCUAUUUGUACAAGAAUGAAAUCCAGUCAAUUGACAGGCAAGCAUUUAAAGGACUUGCCUCUCUAGAACAACUAUAUCUGCACUUUAACCAGAUUGAAACCUUGGAGCCAGAAUCAUUCACCCAUCUUCCCAAACUUGAAAGAUUAUUUUUACACAACAACAGAAUCUCUCAUUUAAUUCCUGGGACAUUUAGUAAUUUGGAAUCCAUGAAACGACUACGCCUGGAUUCCAACGCACUUCACUGUGACUGUGAAAUAUUAUGGCUGGCAGAGCUGUUGAAAACAUAUGCCGAAUCUGGACAUGCGCAGGCUGCAGCCACAUGCGAAUAUCCAAGGAGGAUCCAGGGAAGGUCUGUGGCCACAAUAACACCAGAAGAACUUAACUGUGAGAGGCCAAGAAUUACAUCAGAGCCUCAGGAUGUGGACGUAACUUCAGGGAAUACUGUCUACUUCACUUGCAGAGCUGAAGGAAAUCCCAAACCAGAAAUCAUUUGGCUUCGCAACAACAAUGAACUCAGUAUGAAAGCAGAUUCUCGUUUAAAUUUGCUUGAUGAUGGGACAUUAAUGAUUCAGAAUACUCAGGAGACAGAUCAAGGCAUUUAUCAGUGCAUGGCAAAAAAUAUAGCUGGAGAAGUUAAAACUCAAGAAGUAACUCUGCGCUACUUUGGUUCGCCAGCUCGGCCAAGUUUUGUGAUUCAUCCACAAAACACAGAGGUUCUGGUUGGAGAAAGUGUCACCCUGGAAUGUAGUGCAACUGGGCAUCCCCAACCACGUAUCACAUGGACAAAAGGUGACAGAACACCUCUGCCAAAUGAUUCACGGAUCACCAUCACUCCAUCAGGAGGACUUUACAUCCAGAAUGUGAAGCAGGAAGAGGGUGGUGAAUAUACUUGCUUUGCAACCAACAGUCUAGAUAGCAUUCAUGCGACUGCCUUCAUUAUUGUGCAAGCUGUACCUCAGUUUACUGUGACCCCUCAAGACAGAAGUGUGAUUGAAGGACAGACUGUUGAUUUCCCUUGUGAGGCACAAGGUUAUCCACAACCAGUCAUUGCAUGGACUAAAGGAGGUAGUCAGUUGUCGGUAGAUAGAAGACACUUAGUUUUGUCUUCUGGAACUCUGAGAAUUUCCGCAGUCGCUUUACAUGAUCAAGGACAAUAUGAAUGUCAAGCGGUCAACAUUGUAGGAUCUCAAAGAGUUGCUGUCCAUCUGAGUGUACAGCCAAGAGUAACUCCUGUGUUUGCUAAUGUUCCAAGUGACAUGACAGUGGAAGUGGGUACAAAUGUACAGAUUCCAUGCAGUUCUCAAGGAGAGCCAGAACCAGUAAUAACAUGGAAUAAGGAUGGUGUUCAGGUGACAGAAAGUGGGAAAUUCCAUGUUAGCUCUGAAGGAUUUCUUACUAUUCGAGAUGUUGGGCCAGCAGAUCAAGGCCGUUAUGAAUGCGUAGCAAGGAAUACAAUUGGAUAUUCCUCAGUUAGCAUGGUACUAACUGUGAACGUUCCUGAUGUGAGUCGAAAUGGAGACCCAUUUGUAGCAAGCUCUAUUGUUGAAGCUAUUGCUACUGUUGACAGAGCAAUAAACUCCACACGCACACAUUUGUUUGAUAGUCGCCCUCGAUCUCCAAAUGAUUUACUAGCCCUAUUUCGAUACCCAAGAGAUCCUUACACUGUUGAACAAGCAAGAGCUGGAGAAAUAUUUGAAAGGACACUACAACUAAUUCAGGAACACGUACAAGACGGUUUAAUGGUUGACCUUAAUGGAACAAGCUAUCACUAUAAUGAUCUGGUAUCUCCACAGUAUUUGAAUCUGAUUGCCAACCUGUCAGGCUGCACGGCCCACAGGCGUGUGAAUAACUGUUCGGACAUGUGCUAUCAUCAGAAAUACAGGACACAUGACGGCACAUGCAAUAAUCUGCAGCAUCCAAUGUGGGGAGCCUCUCUAACAGCCUUUGAACGAAUGCUGAAAUCAGUCUAUGAAAAUGGUUUUAACUUGCCAAGGGGCAUUGGACCUAAUCGACAUUACAAUGGACAUACGCUCCCGAUGCCACGUUUGGUAUCCACUACAUUAAUAGGGACGGAAACAAUAACUCCAGAUGACCAGUUCAGUCAUAUGUUAAUGCAGUGGGGCCAAUUCCUGGAUCAUGACCUUGAUUCCACGGUGGCUGCCCUAAGCGAAGCCAGAUUUUCAGAUGGUCAGCACUGCAGUUCAGUUUGUACCAAUGACCCUCCGUGUUUCUCUAUCAUGAUCCCACCUAAUGAUCCUCGGGUCCGAAAUGGAGCACGGUGCAUGUUUUUUGUACGUUCCAGUCCUGUGUGUGGGAGUGGUAUGACCUCCCUCCUCAUGAACUCCGUCUACCCACGAGAACAAAUCAAUCAAUUGACCUCGUACAUCGAUGCAUCCAAUGUAUAUGGCAGCUCAGAGCACGAAGCGCAAGAGAUCAGGGACUUGGCAAGUCACAGGGGCCUCCUGAGACAGGGCAUUGUGCAGAGAUCGGGAAAACCUCUCCUUCCAUUUGCAACUGGCCCUCCAACAGAGUGCAUGAGGGAUGAGAAUGAGAGCCCAAUUCCCUGCUUCUUUGCCGGAGACCAUCGAGCCAAUGAACAGCUGGGACUCACCAGUAUGCAUACACUGUGGUUUCGGGAACACAACAGAAUUGCUACUGAAUUGCUGAAGCUCAACCCACACUGGGAUGGUGAUACGAUAUAUCAUGAAACCCGUAAAAUUGUUGGUGCAGAGAUGCAGCAUAUAACCUACAGCCACUGGCUGCCUAAAAUCCUGGGAGUGGUAGGCUUGAAGAUGCUUGGUGAAUACAAAGGUUAUGAUCCCAAUGUUAAUUCUGGCAUAACAAAUGAAUUUGCAACUGCAGCUUUUAGGUUUGGACACACCUUGAUCAACCCCAUCCUAUAUCGGUUGGACGAGAAUUUUGAAACUAUUCCUCAGGGUCACAUACCUCUACAUAAAGCUUUCUUUUCCCCAUUCCGGAUUGUAAACGAAGGAGGCAUCGAUCCGCUUCUUAGAGGGUUAUUUGGCACUGCUGGUAAGAUGAGGGUGACUUCUCAGUUGUUGAACACUGAACUGACAGAGAGACUUUUCUCUAUGGCCAGAGCGGUAGCUUUAGAUUUGGCCGCGAUGAAUAUUCAGAGAGGGAGAGAUCAUGGAAUCCCACCAUACCAUGAAUUUAGAGUUUACUGUAAUCUGUCUUCAGCACACACAUUUGAAGAUCUAAGAAAUGAAAUAAAGGAUCCUGAAAUCAGAGAAAAACUCACACGAUUAUAUGGUUCACCACUGAACAUAGAUUUAUUUCCUGCUCUUAUGCUAGAAGAUCUAGUUCCCGGAAGCAGGUUGGGACCUACACUGAUGUGUCUCUUGAGCACACAGUUUAAACGUCUCCGAGAUGGAGACAGGUUAUGGUAUGAGAACCCAGGUGUGUUUACUCCAGCGCAGUUGACUCAGGUCAAACAGUCCUCCCUUGCAAGAAUUCUCUGUGAUAAUGGGGACAACAUAACCAGGGUACAACGUGAUGUUUUUAGAGUGGCUGAGUUCCCACAUGGUUAUGGAAGCUGUGCUGAAAUUCCUAAAGUGGAUCUCAGGAUGUGGCAGGACUGCUGUGAAGAUUGCAGAACUAGAGGACAAUUCAAUGCAUUUUCUUACCACUUCCGAGGAAAGCGCUCUCUUGAUUACAGUUUCCGGGAAGACAAGCCUUCAAAGCAGCUAAAAACACGGAGAGCAUCAAGUUUUACAAGAGCAAAUGCAUUGUUUAACAGCACAACUUCAUCUUUUGAUGAGCACAAGAGAACGCCCAUAAUGAAUGAUUUCAAAGAAUUUGUUGGAGAUAUGCAAAAAACAAUUACAGACCUCAGAAAACAGAUAAAGAAACUUGAGUCACGGCUCAGUAGAACCGAAUGUACUGAUGCAAAUGGCAAAUCUUAUUCCAGUAAUGAAACGUGGAAAAAAGACCCCUGCACCACAUGUGAAUGCAAGGUUGGUCAGGUCACCUGUUAUGUGGAAUCGUGUCCAUCACUUGAUUGUGCUACACCUGUGAAGCUGAAGGGCAUUUGCUGUCCCGUGUGCCUAAAACAAACCGUUAGCAAGGGAAACGCACCCUAAGUCUCAAUUGUCACAUAUCAAGUCAUAUUGAUAUCUACCAAUGGCAAAUACAGGUAACAGUAGGCUUUAAACCACAAUAGACAACCAAGAGGUUAAAGGAGAAUAGCAUUCAGGUGAUGGGGUAAUAGUGUAAGAAAAUCGAUUUUACUUCCUUAUCCAUUGGAAAACCACAAGGUGAAAAGUAUUGAAAGGGAAACAGUGUUAGUCAAGAUAAUUUUAUCUUGAAACUUCUCAGGUUCAAGAAAUUAAAAACUGGUGCUAUUUUUUUGAGAAACAUUUGUUUAGUUUUUUAGGCUCCCAGGUUGAUUUUUUCUUUCUUUGUACACUGGUAGGAAAUCAGGUGCCAUUAAAGGAAAUAAGGUCCACAUAACAUAAUGCCUAGGUUUACAUAUUGUAUUAUGUGGUUCUGUAAACCAUGGCUUAGUGUUUGGUGUACUUCCAGCCAUUAUAGUUUAGUGAAUGCACCAUGGUAAAAUCAAGGCUUAGUGCAAUAUAUGAACACAGAUAUUGCCUGGAGUCAUACAUCAUUCCACUCAUACUUAACCAUGUCAUAGUGAAUAAACCACAAUUGGCUGAAUUCAGACAGUGUUAGGUCUGCCAUGUUUGGGCUACAGAACUCUGCAGUACCAGUAGAUGUUAGCAAAGGAUGUACGAGAAAAUAAUAUUUGGACUUUUGGAUUCCAGUUCUGUGGCAAUGAAUAAUAUGCUAAGCUAUAAACAAAGUUUUUCAAAGACCAGGGUGGCUGGUUUCAUACAAUACAGUAAGCAAAACUAAACAAAGCAAAUGUUUUAAUAUGAUACAAACAUUGGGUCAGUAUCUUUCUAACUUGAAAGAUACAGAUAUUUGACUUAGAAAGCUAAUCAUGCUGGAAUGUCAUUGCCACAAUAACACAAUCAUACUCUAUCUUGCAGUAUUAAUUCUAAUUGAAUUUAAGAAUGAAAAAUCUUAAUUUUGGCAUCUGUUUACACACCAGUUGUAUUAAUUAAAUCUUGCCCUAUCCAAUCAUUUAACUUCCAGUUUAAUAUAAUGUUUCCCAAGUUUGAAAACUUCCAUAUUUUUAUGGAUUUUAGUGCUGGAAUUCCUUGGCCAGAUUGGCCUUUGCUAACCAUUCUUGGAGAUGAAGUCCAGACCAAAGGAAGUUGACAGGUUUGGAAAACUCAGUUAAAAUAUUCAUAAGUUUGUGGUACAACAAACUUCUGACUCUCCACCACACUUUACUAGAGGAAUGGCUGUAACAUAAGAAUCAAUAACUUAAUUCACAAAUCUAUGUAUGCAUGAGAAAAAGGAUACAGAAAAUGAAAAUCAUAACACAUUAUCACACUUUUAGACUUUUGAAAAUAUGUACUUCUUGGUUUAAAGGGCAAUUGCUCAGCUGCUUUACAUUUUUCACCUGUGUUACAUUUUCUGUUUGUUGCCAUUCUUGUCUCAGUUGAGAUGUUUAGGCUGCCUGUACUUCCAUUUCCUAUCUACAUUAAUUCAUCUUUCUUACAUAUAGUACUGCAAACUUGCUCAAGUGGUCCAAGAAAUCUGCCACAUCAGAACUUAAUUUACAGAUGUGAAAUAAUCCCAGAAUUCAAAUAAGUCUGGGAACUCUCAUCCUUAUGAUGUGGAUAUUGUCUGUAUUCAUUCCAUGAUAAUAUUUGACUCUGCCCAGAACCAUUAUUAUCAUAUCUUCUGAGGCUGAGCCAGCUAAAAGGAUGUGAGGAUUGUUUCAUAGUGACUCCUGCCACAAAUUAAUUCUGGCUCCCAUAAAUAUUCAGCUGUUUUAGGCAUCCAUUUUUCAUUAUUCACUUACUAACCAGCUUAUAUGUACUCACAUUUUCCUACUUUAUAUCUUAGCGAUUGCAAAUAACCCACAUUUGUGCCAAGAAAUAAAGCAUUAUGGAAGACUCCCUUAUCAUAAUAAACCUUAGGCACAGAAUGAUGACUGAAGAGGUAGGAGGCAUUAUGCCGUUCUGGGAAAUAUGUAACAAUAGAGAAAUUAAUCAAACAGUUAUUAAAACAAUGGAAGAGUUAAGAACCCUCUUGGUAAUAUUGUGUUUGCAUAUGCCACAAUAAUUUCUGAAAUCUCUUAUCUCUUCUAGCGCUUUUCUGACAUUUAAUGCCAAGUGCAUUCUGACCUCCCAGAAUCUAUUUUUCCAAAUAGUUUAGGGCUACCAGAUCAGUAUUUCUUUGCUACCAUUUAAUAGUUAUCUGGAUUUUAGCAUCCCAGAUCUGGUAGCUUUAAAUAUACUCAUGUCCUCUUAGAAAAUGCUCCAAGACAGUGUUUUUCAAAUUUUUCAGAUUUAAGAUUUGUGGACUUCAACUCCCAGAAUUCCCCAGCAAGCAUGAGUUACAUACAUCUUAACAUUGUUAAGAUUGUCCCAGAGGUGCUUUGGCCAACGGCAACUGGAAGAUGUUUCACUUUUCAUCCAAGAAAAUUCUUCAACUCUGAAAGUCCAGUUGCCUUUUGAAAAAACACCUUUGACCAAGAAUCUCUGUAGACAGUUGUUAAGAUUGAAAACACUGUUAUAGAACAUGCCUUAAUCAAUUGUUCCAGAACUGACCUAAGUCAGGUUCAACAAAAUUGCUCUUUGUAUGGCUUGGAUCCCAUAGUUUUAAAUAUAGUUACAGCUAAAGAUAUAGAUAACAGCAUUUUUGGCUUGAGGACCAGGAAGGUUUAAACUAUGAUUCUCCAAUGAGCUUCUCCCCUGAUAUGCUAACUCAGAAGAUACCUUGAAAAUGUGAACAUAAAAACCAAUAGGUGAGGGUUUCAGGAAAAGAUUAAUUGGAUGUAGAUACUAGCAUCAUACUGGUUAAAUAUACAAUUUUUCAGGAAAAUACAUCUUCAAAAUUACAUUCACCUUCUGACCUGAAUUAUUGUGUAGCCUGAAAACAAAUGUCAUGCAUUCAUCUGUGUAUAAAAGGUGCCAACCUUUAAUGAAAAUGCUGCUAAAGCUUCUCUAAAAUACUUUGUGAACAAAUGAGUUGUACUGAAGCAGUGUGCAUAGAGUAGCACCUAAAAUCUAUUGAUCCUAGAUGGAUUGUUGCAUGAUUUUGCAAUAAAAUCUGUUAAUAUGAAGGAACAAAACAUUUCAAAGUCUUUGGUUACAUGGCGCCUGUUUUCUCUACAUAGUACUUGUGUCAAAAUCAUGUUAAACAUUACUAUUUGUGAAUCUGUAUGCCCAGAUAUGUGUUUUAAGGACUGUUAUUAUUAUGUCUACAUUAAUUUAGCAUUGUUUACCUGUAUUUUCAAUAUUGCCUUUUUUAUAACCAACCAUAUAUUAUUACAGUCAGCGAAGAAAAGCUCUCAUACCUCAUUUGACCGAUGUGUUUGUCUUCACGACUGGUACUUCAGCAAAUCAUUAAUUUGUAGAAUUUAGCCAUCUUCUGAAGUGACAUUAAUCAAUUUUCAUAUAGUUUCAAAAAGAGAAAUUAACCAUGGGAUUUGUUCAGUGUGUAUUCCACCAGCAUCUGUUAAUAGCUGCUUUAUAAAAGUAUUUUGAGAAUACAUAGCAAUCGAUAAACACAUUUUAUAGAAUUUUUUAAAGACUACUAUCUUAAACAUCUUUACUUAAAAGUAAGCCCAAUCUCAGUAGGACUUAUAACCAGAUAAACAGGUACAGGAUUGAACUUAAAAGCAAAUUCCUAGAUAAAGAUUUGACUUUGAUGCCGAUGAUGCGAAUUGUACUUAAUUUUAAGGAUUACCUGUUAGGUCUUUCAGAACCUCAGUAAAUCCUGUAUUUUCACAAUCCAGAUCACAUUUUUUGUAGGGAUUUUCUCUAGAAUUGUUUCAUAUUUGGGCAAAUUCACAAAUUAUGAUAUAUAACCAUAACUGAAGCACAUUACUGCAGAUAUACAACAUGUUGAAAUCUUAAGUUACUAAUAUCAAUUUAUUUUGAUGCUGCAGAUACACUAAAAAAAAUCUGCUCAGGUAUUUUGCAAAACAGGCUUAUGCAAAUCUACUCAAAUUAAGUCAUAUUAAAUAUCUCUGUGUGUGGGGGUGUCUGUACCCAAAUAAAGGGGUACAGGGUUGCACCAUGGUCACUGAAGAAUAUCUUUUCCAAGAAUCAGUAACCAAACAACUCUGGCUUCCUAUAUUGAAAUGAAAUAUUUGAUCUCCAUGCAAAAAUCCAAUGAGUCAUUGAAAAGAGGGUUUGUAGCCCAUUUCUGUUAACACUAUAAUCAAUAUUGUUCAAAUAAUAUGUAAAAUGAUGUAACUUCCAGCAUUUAUAGCUAAACAAAUAGCAGGAAAUGUUUGGUGUUAAACAAAUAGACCUAAUUCUAUAAUUAUCACGUAAACCAAAUAUUAUAAAAUGAUUUUUUUUACAUUUUUUGCCAAUUAAAAAUUCAUGUAGCAUUUUUGAGACAGUGGCCGAUGGCUGAAUGAUCAUUUUUUUCUCAGUAUUUUGUUGGUGGCAAUUGUUCCAUAUUUAUUUACUUUGUUAAAAUUCCUACCGAAAAUAAAAUUUACUUGCUUUCUUCUACUUAAUAAAUCUACCAAAGAAUUGUUUGCACUGUUAUGAAUGCUUUUCAUUUACAAUAAACAGGUCACAUUUUUUUAA